CAGCACACACCUUAUUUCGAUGAACAUUAACAGCCUGGCUGGUUGUCUCAGAUGGCUUUCUGAGGAGAACAGCAGUCUGCCUCUGAGCGUUGGACGUGGUUGGUGAGGCGAUGGCAUCUAUGGGUUUGCAGUUGCUGGGCUGCACGUUGGCCCUGCUUGGCUGGGUGGGGGUGAUCCUCGUCUGCGGACUGCCCAUGUGGCGGGUGACGGCCUUCGUUGGCAGCAACAUUGUCACGUCUCAGAUCUUCUGGGAGGGAAUCUGGAUGAGCUGUGUGGUGCAGAGCACUGGGCAGAUGCAGUGCAAAGUCUACGACUCCAUGCUGGCCCUCACCUCCGACCUCCAGGCCGCUCGUGCCCUGGUGGUGGUCUCUCUGGUGGUGGGGAUCAUCGGGCUCUUCAUGGCCUUCGUUGCCGGAAAGUGCACCAACUUCAUCCAGGACGAAAACAGCAAACGGAGAGCUGCCAUCGGUGCAGGCGUGGUUCUGAUCAUCUCUGGCGUCUUGUGCCUGAUCCCCGUGUCCUGGACGGCCAGCAUGAUUGUUCGAGAUUUCUACAACCCCACACUAAUGGCCGCCCAGAAGCGCGAGCUGGGGGCUUCGCUCUACAUUGGCUGGGGGGCUAGCUUCCUGCUGAUAAUAGGAGGGGCACUUCUCUGCAGCUCCUGUCCACGGAAUGAGGACCAAACACCAUCACUUAAGUACCAGCUGGCCAACAAAGCUAGAUCAACGAACAACUCGUUGCCCAGUUAUAAGCCACCAUCACCGAGGCCUUUCACACCUACAUCAAAGACCUACAUCUGAACACAUAUGAUGGACAUAUCUGUGUGUAUAUAUA